GAAUGACGGCUUUACCCAUCAGAAGGACCAAUUGGGAAGAUGUUGAAAUCAGGUUUUUCCUGAGUCUGUGGGCAGAGGGGGAGGUCCAGCAGCAGCUGGAUGGCACGGUCAGGAACAAGAAAGUUUUCGACGAUAUGGCAAGGAAGAUGGCAGACGCGGGGUAUAACCGGUCACCAAAUCAGCUCCGAGACAAGUUAAAAAAACUGAAGAAGGACUAUAAAGAUGCCAGAUCAAAUAAUGCUACAAGUGGGGCUGCAAGACAACAGUGCCCAUUUUAUGACUUACUGCAUCCAAUCAUGGGUAAUCGACCUGCCAUAGAGCCCCAGGUGCUGGUUGACACAGCAGAUGAUAGAGCUGAAGGUGCGGACGUUCCUGCUCAUGCCGAUGGUGCAGACUUAAGUGAUGGUGAUGACGACACGAGUGGCAGUGUCAUCGAGGAUGUUUUGGAACUGGAAGGUGGUGCGCGUGCUGAAGACAAUACUGUGAUUGCUCCAAAAGCAGAAGACCAACCAUCAACGUCUACUCCCAAGACCAAUGUAAAAGUAAGGGGAAGGAAGCGACAGGCUGAGGAGCCAGCAGAGAUGGAGAAGACCCUGAAAAUACUGACAGAUCACCAGGACAAUGCCAGGAGAGAGUAUAGAGAAUGGGAAGAGCGACGGGAAGAAGCGCAAGAGAGGAGAGAGGAGAGGAGACGCGAAGCAGAACGCGAGCAUGAAAUGAAGAUGAUGGAGGUCAUGGCACGGAUGUUCAAUCAGAACGACCGCCGAGAAAAUGACAACCGCAAAGAAAAUAACUACCGCCAAGAAAAUGUGAUGUUCACUCAAGAUGGUAGAUCUUUCAUGAACAUGUAGGUAAAACUGGUGUUCUCAUAUUAGUGUGUGAAGAAAAACAUAUCUUUCAUUUUUAUAUGUAACUUAAUACGCAACCACAAACAUUUAUUUUACAUGUGUAAAGAAGUAAUUAUGUUCUUGCCACAUAGCCAUCUUAUUUGUAUCAGGUUUGUCUCAGGUUUUUUAUGCCUCCGCCACUGAAGGUGGUGUCCCGGAGGCAUCAUGUUUUGGUGUUGUCCGUCCAUCCGUCCCGCUUCCCCAAGAACCGCUGGAGAUAUGAACUACAUUUUGUAACUUCAAACAGUAGGAAGAUGGAUCUGAUUCGAUUUUGGACCAUGUAUGCAAGGUCGAGUUCCGAAGUUCGAGGUAUUUGCCAGGUUAUCGGAAGAUCACUGUAUAGGAAGACAAUAUGAUUAGAUUUUUGGAGUAACGAGGUCAAUGGUCAUGGGUCACAAAAGCCAAUCUGCUUUAAUUAAUGGUUCUAGGGGCAGUGGCAGAUAGGAGACGCAGUUGCAUUUUCCUUUCUUUAUUUGUUAUUAAUUUAUUUUUGUCUUGAGAUUUGUGCAAAUUGCAAACCCAUUUUCUUUCUGUAGAUAAGUUCAAAGUUAAGUAUACAUGGUUUAUGUACAAAUUAAUAUUUAUUCUGUAGUAUAACUGAUCUAGUGUAGAGCAUUGUUUGUGAUGUCAAAGUUGUAUUUUACAUGUUUAGCAUAUGUACCUCGUGUAGUUUUGUUGUUAAAGUUCCUGAUGCCAAAGUUGUGUUUGAACCUCAUUUUUGCUGCUUGUAGUAUUUAUUUUAAUAGCUGUUUUCAAUGCCAAAGUUGGACAUUAAAAAAGUUCAAAUAAGAUUACUACAAACUUGUGCUUUAAGUAAUCAUUACAGCUGGAUUCCAGUGUCAUUACAGGUACCGGGGGGGGG